CCGCCCCCCCCCCCUGCUCGACUCUGUGCAAACACCAAUCCAACCAUCCAGCCACACCAACAGCAACGACAGCAGCCCCAGCGCAACAUCCAGCGCGCGCCCCAACACCCGGACCAUGGCCCAGCCCUCGCCCACCCCCUCCCUCAACCCCUUUUCUACCCCGCCGCUGGACCCCGGGUCGUCGCGGCACAGCGCCCACCUCGGGUCGCCGCUGAUGCCGGACGACCAGGCCCCCCCGCGGCAGUUUGACUCGAUGGCCCCGACUCUCGAGCAGAAGUAUGCCCCGCACAUGACCGGCGCCCCGCUGGAGGAAUACCGCCUGCUGCAGCCGGAGUCGGCCUCGCGCGCGCGGCACUUCAGCACCACCGCCCUGGCGGCGGUGCUGGUGGUGUUGGGGCUGGCCAUCUUCUCCAUGGGGAUAUGGUCCCUGGUGCAUAUGAGCCGCCUCGGGCCGGAUGCCGAUGAGAUUGACAUCUCGUUCUGGGCUCGGCGAACCAUGCUGGCCAUCAUGGUCUCCUUCACGACCCUGGUGCCGGGAGCCUCGCACACCAUCCAUGUUAUCUUCUUCAAGAGCGACGAGGACGACACCUUUGGCGACUACGGCAGCACGCGCCCGACUGGCGGGUCCUCCUCGUCCAGCCUCUGGCAGCGGGCCAUGGCCGCGGUGGGCCUCAAGUCGACCGGCCCCGGCGGCGCGGAGUACUCCCAACUCAACACCAACGACGAUGGCCUGCUGGACUCGUCGAUGGGCGCGGACCCCUCCGGCCUGGCCAGCAACAGCUCCAUCCAACACAGCCUGCUGGAGGACGACGGGUACGAGGGGUACGACUCGUACCAGCGCCAGUGAGGAGACGGGACGCACAAAAAAAAAAGACCACAAAGCAAUACAUACAUACAUACUCGCA